UUCCAAAAUUUCAUUUAAUUUGAUUCUUGAGGCAAGAGGAUUGUUUAGAUUCGGGGAAACAAGCAAAAUGCAGUAUCAACGUGAGCUAAAAUUAGGGGAUAUCUUUCCUUCGUGCGGCGGUAGCGUUGAUGCGGACAAUCAAUAUCUACAGCAGGAUCAGGAUCAGGCUGAGGAGCAGGAGGAGCAGGAGGAGAAGCAGCUGCUGCCAGACGGAGGCGCAGUGACCGAUCAGGCUGGGUGCAAUGGGAUUCAAUCGGUGGGCGCAGUCGAGCUGAUAAUCAAUCCGCAUAUCGAAAGGGAGGAGUUAAACAAACCGAAUGGUCUACUGCGCUUCACACUGCGCAUGGGAUUCGGAGCCCUAAUGCAUCCGUAUGAGUACGCCAAGGUUCUGAUGCAAUUGGGAUACGAACCGUUGCCGGCAGUGGCCUCAACCAGCUGGCUGGGCCGGACAACGCUUGUGCUGCCGGGUGUGCAUCAGUAUAUGCGGUAUAUCAAGCAUACCGAUGGCUUCAUUGGCCUCUAUCGCGGCCUGACGCCGCGCAUCCUCGCCAGCGUCAGUUCAGCUCUCUUCGCCGAUAGUCUUGUCCGGCUGUUGGGCAUAUCGGAUGUGCCGCAAGUGUCGCAGGCAACGCAUCCGUUGCGCGACUAUGCCGGCAAUUUGAUGCGGGAUGGCAUUGUCAUUGCCACCGGACUGGCCGUGUCACAUCCCUUCUAUGUGAUCGCUGUGCGCCAGAUGGCCCAGUUCGUUGGCCGGGAGAUCGCCUACACAAGCAUCUGUGGCAGUGUGCGUGAGAUCUAUGCCCAAGAUGGUCUGGCUGGAUUCUAUGCGGGCUUUGCGCCCCGCCUGCUUGGCGAUAUGGGUGUGCUUCUCUGCACCAGCACCCUCACCGCCAUCUGCAAUCGCAUCUUCUGGCUGCAGCCCGCCCAGCGUGAAUACAAUGCGGCUCUGUUGCAGUUCGCUGCCAUUAUGCUGCUGUAUCCGUUGCAGGUUGUCGGCGCCUGCAUGGCCUGCUCCGGCUCGGGCAUUGCCGCUGGUGCCCCACCCUUUAUGCCCAUCUAUGGCCAGUGGGUUGACUGUCUCGUCGAUCUGGUGGCACGCGGUGAUCAUUUUCGUGGCGCCUUCACCAUACGACGCACACUGCCCAAAAUGCACACACAAAUCCAGAUGCCGCGCUUCUACUCGGAUCCAUUUGUCGUUUCUCGCAACAUCUAAUCGAGGAAUUUCAUGGAACUGAAUUUGAACAUUUUCAUUUGUUGCUAACCAUUAAAAUAUCAGUUAGAUAAAC